AUGCCCAGGCUGCCUCUCAGAAUUACCAAGGAAACCCAGCAUUUGCUGGCAGAAUUAGUUCCUGGCAUUAGAGUAAAACAAGAGGAGAACAACACCUGUUAUUUUCAUGUCAUUGCUGGCCCCCAGAAUUCCUUCUUUGAGGGAGGGACUUUUAAAUUUGAACUAUUCCUUCCAGAAGAAUACCUAAUGGCAGCAUCUAAGUUACAUUGCAUGACAAAAAUGUGUCAUCCUAAUGUAGACAAGAUGGGAAGAGCAUGUUUUGAUAUUUUGAAAGAUAAGUGGUCCUCAGAACUGCAGAUCCACACAGUUCUGCUAUCAACCCAGGCUUUGUUAAGUGCACCUAAUCCAGAUGAUCUGUUAGAAAAUGAUGCAGCCAAGCAAUGGAAGACCAAUGGAGCUCAAGCCAUGGAAACAGUGUGGGCAUGGGCUAGGCUAUGUGCCAGGAAUAUUUAA